AUUUCCCGAUAAACAUUCCGAGGAAUAUUUCGUCGAAACUUCCGAGGAUUGGACCAUCGGAAUUCCAUCGAAAUAUUCCGAGGAAGGCGUCCCUCGGUAUAUUCUGAGGAACCUUCCGACGAACUUUGUGUCCUCGGAGUUUCCUCGGAAUUUUGUUUCCUCGGAAUUCCGAGGAAAUAUGAAUUUCCGAAGAGAUAUUUCCGAAGACUUUUUUCGUCGGUAUGUCUUUGGAAUUGCGUUAUUCCGACGAUAUUUCGACGAUUUUUUCCCUCAGUAUGCUGAUGUUUUCUUGUAGUGUCAGUUUCAUUAGCUAAAUGACUAGUGGUUCAUAUAAAUAGCAUUGUUCAUUUUAUAAACUCUGCGACUAGUGGCAGUGGCAGAAAAUAAAAUUAGGACAGAAGCAAAUUAUUUGGUGUUCUAAAUAAAAACAGUUGCAACGGACAAUUAGAGACAUGAAAACUGAGUUGUUUUGUUUGUACAGCAUCUGUGGUGGCCAUGAUUGUGAUUCUGAGACGAUGCCGCUAAUUUCGGCGUUUAUAAAACGAAGCGCUAAUAAUGUUUGAUUUUUUCCACCUAGUUUCAUAAGCUAGACGAUGUUUGGUCGAUAUAUAUUAUAGUUUUAUAGAGUAUAGGUUAUAAUUUUAAAGAUAUGGAUUUUUUUUUUUGAGAAAGAACUUGAUAUAGAUAUUAUUUCCAUUCCAGUUUCGAAGAACUUAUUUUCCAAAAAUUAGCCAAUGUUUAUCAGGAAAAAAUCUAAAACCAAAUUACUGCCAAAAGAAAAAAAAAACCUUUGGCAAGUUAAACCAAUAUCGUUUUGCUGAAAGAUUUUGAGUUAUUAAUUCAUGAAGUGAAUCAUGUUUUCUUAUAUGUAAUUUCAUAGGAUCAAACUUAAGCGAAGAAGCAUGCAUAAAUAACCUAUGUUGGAUGGUCUAGGCUCUAGAGCAUCUUUAAUUUUUUUUUGUUGUUGUUGUUGUUGUUAAACUUGGGACUCUCUAAACUUUGAGAUCUGACUCCAUAUUUCACUCGGUCUUAAACUUUCAACCCACUGUUUUAUAUAUACAACACGUUACAUGUGUGUAGAAGAGCACAUGACCGUACAACUUAUGGAAGUACAUAAGUAAAAAGUAAGAAAUAGUGGACGGAAGUGAAUGGAUUUUUUUUUUCUUUAUGAUAUAUGAUUAUUCACAUAAAGUAAAAUAUCUAAAGCAUAACAAGGCUGGUAAAAUAUAUGCUUUGGUUGUUUGUGGUUAGCAAAAUACUUUCUGUUUCUGUAAUUUUUCAAAAAUUUCUUCAAAUUUAAUACUAGAUUUUAUAACUAUGUAUGGUUUUUACUGUAUCAGUUAUGUACAUUAAUUAUUUUGUUUCUCUUCACAUGAUAGUUUUCAUAUAUGUUUCCUAAAAGAGUUUCUCUGCUGUUUCUCUAAUCAGUAUAAAACGUUAUUUCUCUAUCCCAAUUUAAAUAUCAAAACAUUUCUGCAAUCAAACAAUCAUUGUAUUAACAUAGUCAUCUUCUUCUUUUUUCACAAGUCAUGGCAAAACUAGUUUGUACGUAUCUGUUCUUCUCCAUGAUUGUUAUGUCUGCCUUUUUGGCUUUGCCAAUUGCAGAUGGAGCGGAUACAAGAAUGUGUAUUGUGGUCGAGAAGCUGAGCAAACCAUGCACUUUUCAAGAAUGCCAACCACUUUGUAUUCAGAAAUACAGAGGGACUGGCGUUUGUCUCGGAAAUAACAACUCUAAUUGCAAGUGCAAAUAUAAUUGUUAAGCUUAAUUAUGUGUAAUUUGAUGUUAAACUAGACAGAAAAUCUUUAUUGUCACAGGAAUAAAAUCUUUUUUAUAUAUAUGUACAAACCGAGCGGUAAAACACAAAA